AUGGCAAAGCGACAAGUGGUGGAGGCGUUUGAUCGGACAAUACAAGAUAUCACUGGGGUGGCACUCCCUUUUGAUGGAAAGAUAAUGGUUUUGGGAGGCGAUUUCAGGCAAGUAUUGUCAGUCGUAAGACGUGGGACACGGGCACAAUACUAUCAACAAAAAAUGAUAGUGAUGGAGUUGAAGAAACAGUGGACAGAAGUUUUAUUCACAUCCCAGAUGAUAUGGUAUGAAUCAGAUUAUAUAAUAUCGUGGACAAUACUAUCAACAAAAAAUGAUAGUGUCGAUGCGAUUAACGAUUACAUGAUCGAUCGAUUUCACGGAGAAGAGAGAAUCUACUAUAGUGUCAAUGAAGCCAUAGAUGAUAAAAAUGGAUUCUAUCCGUUGGAAUUCUUAAACUCGAUUAGUGUUAGUGGUUUACCUCCGCAUUAUCUUCGAUUAAAACUUGGAUGCGCGAUAAUAUCAAAUAGUUGUUGGUCAAUAUGCUGGAAAAUGAUAUUUUUGCCUAAGAUUCCUUUAUGUCCAUCUGAUGAUGAUAUGUUCCCAAUCAAGCUGAAGAGGAAACAAUUUCCUAUUCGAUUGUGCUUUGCAAUGACAAUCAACAAAGCUCAGGGACAAACAACUCCAAAUGUAGGUAUCUAUCUUCCAGACCCAAUAUUCUCGCAUGGACAUCUUUAUGGUGCAUUGUCCAAAGGGGUUUCACGUUGCAAUACAAAAGUAUUAGUGAAGUCUAACAAAAAUUCAAAAGGUGAUGGGGUUUAUACAACAAAUGUGGUGUAUAAAGAAGUAUUACACGAUUAA